AUGUCCUUCGACCAGCCCCUCCCGCCCUUCAACGCCUCGGACCCGACGGCCACCUUCCUCAACUCGUCGUGCCUCGACCUGCUGCUGAUCGAGAUCGUGCCCAUGGCGUACCGGCUGGUCAACGAGCUGGACGACGCGGCCGAGGUGGCGGCGGCGGACCGGAGCACAGCGGCGGGGGCCGGGACCGGGACCGGGACCGGGACGGCAUCCAAGCAAGGAGCAGGUGGUGAUGCCGCCUCGCUGUCGACGACGGCCACGGCCACGGCGACGGGCAGGAAGCUGGACGAUGAGGAGGAGCGCGAUGCCGUCUUCUACCGGCUCGAGACGCUGGGGUACCGUGUGGGACUUGGGCUCGUCGAGCGCUUCUCGCGCGACCGGCCGCGCUUCAACGACACGCUCGACGUCAUCAAGUUCCUGUGCAAGGACCUGUGGACGCUCGUGUUCCGCAAGCAGAUCGACAACCUCAAGACCAACCACCGCGGCGUCUACGUGCUGACGGACAACCUGUUCCGGCCCCUGUCGCGCAUGAGCACCGACGCCGGCGGCCAGGCCGUCGUGCGCGCCCAGCCUUUCCUGUGGUUUCCCUGCGGCAUCGUCAAGGGCGCGCUGGCGGCGCUGGGCAUCAACGCCACGGUGCAGGCCGAGUCGAGCGAGCUGCCGGGCGCCGUGUUCCAGAUCAAGACGAUACCGGCCAAGUCGUGA